GAACAACAUCGGUAAGGUCUUGUUAUGGAUGAAGCUUGAUUAUGUUGUGAUUGCUGCAGUAUAAGAAAGCCAACUAUUUGCGUUCUUUCUCGGCAUGUUAAUUAUGUUUUAUGACCGCCGGGAAAGAUAAGUACUGGAACAAGCACAUCUAUAAUUCAUAAGCAGUAACGUGACAGGAAUGGCUAUUUCCGUCGGAAUUACGUCACUUUCUCAGAAAAACCCGGUCUUCUGAGAAACUGUCUCGGUCGCUAUAUUUUUUUUUCUUUAACUCAAUGUCUUCAUGGCGUCUCUGCGGGAUCUCUCUGCCAGAGAAAAGCUAAAAAACAGUAAAGCUGAAACAUUGAUUCUCUGAUCAUCAAGACCAAACUGUUACGGCUUCAAGAUCCUAAUGACGAGCAAGGUAGGACUGACGGUUUCUGAACAUGGAAGGUUGGCUGUCAUCAAGCGAAGUGAAGGACGGAUUGAGUUGUUCCGCAGUUCAAGAAAUGUUGAUAAUUCAAGUCCCGCAUAUCAAACAAUUACUGAAGAUCUCAUAAGUCCUUACGAUAUCUGCUUCGCACCAAACAACCACCUUGUUGUAACGGACAUGGGUGAUAACACUUUUAAAGUAUAUAACUUUGAGGGAUCACCUAAAUUGGUUAGCAAAUUCAGCUGCCUGAAAGGAAUCAGAGAUGAACGUACUUGUAUAAAAAAAUGUGAAAACAUAUUGACUUUUAAAGGCCACUCGGUACUAGUACCUCAAAAUAUAGUCGCCGGACCGAUUACUUCAUCGCAACUUUUUGUUGUAUUCGAAAAUCUUAUUUUUGUCAUCACAAUGGACUGGAAUACAGUGGAGAUUCUUGACUUUCAGCAGCUAUCUUCCUCACAAGAUUGGCCCCGUGUUCAGAGGAAAGCGCGUACGGAAUGUGACAAGAAUAGUCUUGUUCACGACCACAGUGAGAAUCAUAAACUUGGAGGACGUAAUCCCUUAGCAAUCACUAAAGCUCAGUUCUGCGCUAUGUUCUACCACGUUACGCAGAGAAGAAGAGGUAACAUAAAUUACAAAUGUCUUGAAAGGUCGAGAUGCCGCGUUGGUAAAAUGUCGAGGCAAGCCAAUCCGAGAUUUGAUUAUGCCGCCUCUGUAGUCAUCUAUGUUCGCUUGACCGACCAAACAGGAAGAUUGAUUUUUCAUGCUAGAUAUGGAAAUUGCUCUGAAGGCAAACGCCGCAACACAACUCAUGCGGAGUACUUUAUGCUGAUGGACGAGGAGUUUAAAGAAGCUGUGCUAUCGCUUCAAGAUCAGAAAGGGGGCAGCGUUACUAUGUUCAUGAACAAACAACCUUGCUAUAGAUCAACUAAACACCAUGACAAUAUGCCUGACCUCACAAAAAAACAAUGCGCACAGGACUUAGUGGAAUUCUAUAACUUGCACUGUUCAUCUUAUGGUGUCAGCUUCACUAUUAAUCUCUGUCAGUUGUACAAAGUUGACUUGGCACCGACGCCGCAGUUUGAGGAAGAUAUCACAAACGGCUUAGAGGGAAUGCGCAAGAUGAUUACUACCGGCAUCGAGUUAAAGGCAAUGACUAAGGAAAGCUGGCAGCAACUUGCUGAAUACGCCUGUGUGGAACUACCUUUUUAUGAAGGAGGAGAGCGACAAAAGCUGGAUAGACACAUCAGAAAAUUUCUCGUCGAUUGCGCGCACAACCCCUCACCAACACAGGACAUUAAACCAAAGAAUAACCGGCACAGGGCCAGAAUCAAACAGAGAAGAAAGAGAUAGACAUUGAAGGUCAUUUAUAAGCUAAGAUAGAAUGAUGGAGAUACAUUUGCUUUUCAGAGAAAAAGCUCAGAUCAAAGUGGAGCUCGUGAACGAACCAGGUGAAUGUUAUAUUCACCCUCCUCCACCAAAAAAAUCGAAAUCUUAAUGGGGAACAAUUAAGAAUAUUUAAGGAAAUAGGUGGAUUUUACAAGUGUACGUUUGAGUUAUUCAAAAUCCUUCUGAGCCAAAAAAAAAAAAAGAUUGAGUGACUGAUUUACAGAAUUUAGUCUGAAGAGGGAUUCCGAAGGUUUUCAACUACGUGUAAAUACACGAUAAAAUUGCGAAAUAAAUUCAUGAAACUCAUCGUGA